AUGAGUGCAGCGACAUUUUCCGACCCCUCUCUCUCGCGCGAAGCUCAGGGUUCUGACUUUGACUUGACCAUUCGCCAGCAGCCCAAUCGGGCCCGCGUGGCGGGGGGCAAGGAAAAAGAGACGGGGCCCGAGCUGGGGUACAGCAAGUUAGGUCUAACGGCGCCUGCAGAGCGCAAACCGAUCGAUCCGCCCCCGAUUGUCCAGCUCCGAGUGCGAGAGGAAGGUACUUACCUCGCACAGCACUACCUGCAAAGCCCUUACUAUUUCAUGUGCUGCAGCCUCUACGAUGCAACGGAAGAGCGCCCUGUACCCGUCGCACCAUCGACUGCGUUAGCAGGCACCCUGGUCUCUUCCCUUCACCGGUUGAAGGACAUGGACAACAGUGAUGGCGGGUUCUUUGUUUUCGGCGAUCUCUCGGUGAAGAUUGAGGGCGACUUUCGUCUCAAGUUCACCCUGUUCGAGAUGCGAAAAGAGCAAGUUUGUUACUUGAAGACCAUUAUUUCGGAGCGGUUCACAGUGUCUCCUCCCAAGAGCUUUCCCGGAAUGAUGGAGUCAACCUUCCUCUCCCGCUCAUUUGCUGAUCAAGGCGUGAAAUUGCGCAUCCGCAAGGAGCCUCGAACUAUGUUAAAACGCGCCAAUCGACCGGACGAGUACCAUCAGCCGGUCCCUACUCGAUCGCCAGAGCGUCAGUCGGUUCAAAUUCCUCCGGCGUCUAGCUAUGGGGGGUAUCCGCCGACGGCCCGGGAAUACGCGUAUUACGGCCAGCAGCCGCCAGUCAAGCGUCAUCGUACCUCGAUCGACUAUGGCAGACAACAGGGCCUUUAUGAAGCGGAUGGCCGGAUGGCUCGUCAAAUGGAUCCCUAUAGCCAGCCCACAGCUGCCAUCUAUGCUGGUCAACCAGCAACUUACCAAACGCCUGCCAUGCAAAGUUAUGCCACCGGGCAGGUGGUACCUGAUUAUUCAGCGAUGUAUCCGGGCAUGCAAGCAUCAGCUCCUAUGUCCCAGAUCCCCGAUCCUUCCGGCCAAAGCCGAUCCAGCCAGCAACAGCAGGCUGCAGUAGGACAAUUGAUGGCAAUGAACCAGCCUGGCACUCCUACCCCGGAUUCGACUGGAGCGAUGAUGGCUCAGGGAUAUGCCCGGUCCGGUUACCCCCCUAGCUCGACUAUACUUCCUCCUUUACAGCGAAAUCGCGAUUACCCCCAGGGAACCAAUGGGGCCGCGCGAGGUUAUUUCGAGCAGACCCCUCAGACGAAUACCCCGAUUCUUCCAUCUCAGAUGGUCAACGAAGGCGAUCGAUUUGGCUCCGUGGCCGGCCCAACAGCCUUUGAUCACCCGGGUUCUUCGAGUGGAACUCCUCAAUGA